AUGAUUCUCUGUGUUGGCGCUCGACUUUUCUCUAAAUACAAUGUGAUACGACGAAUCACUCUUGACGAUGUACUGAUUGGAGUUACCAUGGUCUUCGCAAUUGCGCACACCUACGCUUUAUCUAUGAUGGUUGUCAAUGGGCUUGGGAGGCCCCAAGAAAGCCUGAACGAUGAUAUGAUUGAGGAUUUUGAGCAAUAUGGCUAUGUCUCGCAACUUCUAUACAUCCCAGCACUUUGUCUUGCAAAGCUCUCAACCCUUGUCUACCUCAGAGCAUUAUCCCCGGACACACCAUAUGUAUAUUCGAACAUCGCAGUCGAAAUAUUUGUUGUCUUGUGGGCUAUCAGUGCCGAACUUGCCAUCGCUUUUCAAUGUAGUCUGCCAACUGCUUGGGCAAUUAUCACGACAAAGUGUUUCAAUGUCGUCCCUUUCUGGAACACAACCGGAACUUUCGAUAUCCUCACAGAUCUGGCGAUCAUCGCACUACCGAUAUAUCUUCUUUGGGCUGUCCAAAUGCCAAGAUCGAAGAAGUUACUGGUUUUCCUAGUCUUUGGAACUCGGAUCUUCAUCACCCCACUAACAAUAAUGCGAAUCUAUUUCUUCAACACUAUCAGCUCUCCCUCCCUUCCAGACCAAACACUCACAUCCUACCACGCCUAUCUAGCAACCACAAUCCAACUAAACUUCGCAAUCUUCGUCGCCUGUUUUCCCUUCCUCAAACCUUUCAUGGAAAGCAUGUCUUCGGGCGGAUUUGCCUCAACUCUAAAGCCAAUGGACAGUUCUUAUGGAGCCGGUAGCAAGUUCAGCACCUUUAUAUCCGGAAACUCGAGUCGAAAGGCGUCCAAACCGAAAGGCAGCUAUAUGAUGGACAGCGUCACCGACUCGAGAGCUUCUCGAUCUCAUAAUUUUUCGGAUAUGCAUGUCAACGCACUCGAGCUUCCAGAUACUCCUCGAGACGAUGUUGAUAAGUCGCCUAGCUUCCACUUUGGUCUGACUGGUGGGUCACCAGGAGACCUAGGUACGCUGAGGCCUGACAAAGUUACGAGUUUCAGUCACAUAGGACGAGUGACGCCAGAGAGGAGCUCGGCGAGAAGUUCCAUUGGAAGUGAUAAGAUGAUCAUCAAGCGCACCACGGGCUGGCAAGUGCAAGAGUCGUAUGAGUAUGAUCGAGGAGCUGAGUAUGGAGAGGGUAUAUCGAAGGUCGAUGAUGAGAUUACGCCUGUGCCUACAUGA